UAGGUGCAACAUCCAGUUUUUCAAUUUCUGUUUGCAGCUGUAUCAUCAUCUCUUAAUUAGGGGGCUCGAGAUUGGAAAUAUUUCUUCUUUUCAACUUUAUUUAUUAGGGUUUCGUUUGGUUAUAAAAUUUAUAUCUGAUUUGGGGUAAUGUCUAUUUGCAGCUGUAUCAUCAUCUGUUAAUUAAGGAGGAGGAAGCUAAUAUGGUUGAAUCAUCAUCAUCACCACCAAAUGAUAUUGUACGUGUAACUAUGAAGAAAGUGCUAGAUCCUGAGGACCCAAAUAAACAUAAAGAGAUCUUCUUCCGGAAUGAUGGUUCUGAAGAUAGUGACCUGGAUAGUGAUGAUGAGGAUCUAGUUUAUGUUCCAAACAAAUCUAAGUGGUUCAGCUUGUGUUGGGCAGAAUGGGGAUUGGAACAUGAUGGUAUCGUUUCCAAAGUGAGAGCUGCAGAAAAUUGGUUUGAAAUUUUUACUACCGGUUAUUGUGGUGGGGGUGGACAAUUUUGCUGUGGCGCUAUUAUAAGAGAUUAUUGGCAUAGACCAAUAGUUGCAAGCUCUAGGGUUAUUUCUGAUGGUAAGUGCGUCUCACAAUUUUUUCUAGAGUUGGAAGGGGUUGCUUUAGGGGUAAGACUUGCGAAAAAGUAUGAGAUGGUUUUGCCUUUCAAUCUCUACUGCCCUUCUGAAAAGGUUUCUCUGUUUUUUCAAGAAGUUAAGGGUCACAGAAGAUUGUGCUACUGUAGUGGCAAACGGCAAAUUGCCAAAAUACCCUGCAAUACUUGUCUGAAACCAUCAAUGAUUCCUAAAGGCUAUAAAGACCAUGACAUGGCUUUUAGUAUUAUCAACGAUAUUCUCUCGGAUAUCUCCGAGCUUGAGAGUGUUGGUCUUUCCUGGUUUAAUGUGGUUUAUAGUGGAGAUUAUUAUGACGGACGUGAAAGAAAUGAAGCUGUGUAUCUUCUCGCUAAGCUUGGAAAAGAUGAGGAGUUGAAACUGAAGGAGAUUGGUGCGUCGAACGAUGCUGGAAGGGUAGAAGAUAGCCAGCAGCAAGUUGAAACCAAUCUUCAUGCUCCCUGCAGUUUAUGGAAGCGAGAAUUCAUUAUCGACGUGAGAUCUGGAUUAGGGGCUUUUGUGAUGUUAGAAAUUCAACAGUAUUAGAAAGUUCCAUAAGUUUUUCUUGUAAGAGCUUUUAUUGUAGAAGAAUGUGGGUCAGUGACUAAUGUGAAUUUUAUGCGAUUUGUGAAGCUGGAAACCAGUUUUUUUUUUAUCGGUCAAGAAUUGUGCAAGGUGGGG